AUGAGACCAUACAGGUUGAUUGUCACGGCUAUCGGGUUUGCGUUAAUUCUGUCUAAAUCGAAUGUGGCUGAUGUUACGAACAUACGCGAUCAAGUGAAUUUUUAUGGUAACCUCUUAAAAGACAUACAUCAGGAACGUGGCUAUGACACCUUGGUUAUUGUACAUGAGGAUGUUAACGUUGAUUUGAGACUUAAGGAAAUCUAUGGGUUUCCUCAUCCGAAAAUAUUUCUAUCGAAACAUUUUGAAUUUUUCUAUAAACAAGAUUUCAAUUCGGAAAUUUUUGUAAUAAUCAUAAUGUCCGGCGCUUUGGAUUUGGAACUAAUGGGUGUUGCUGCCAGAUCAUUAAACUAUAUACGGCAAUCGAGGAUAUUAAUAAUUGCUCGGAAUGUUAGCAAUGAAGAAGAAUUUAUGGUGGAAUGUUUGACUCUACUCGAAGAAUAUCCCAUGACAAAUGUUUUGCUACAUUUUUUAAAAAAUUCAUUUGAAAUCCCAUUGGACUAUCAACAACUGAAACCGUUUCCAGAAUUUCAUUGGCAGAAGAGGAAUUUCAAUGAAAAGGAUUUGAAAUAUUAUCCCCAACAUUGGCGAAAUUUGUAUGGAACAAAUAUCACCACCCACACUGAUCAGUCCCUACCCUCAUCUGUGACCUACAUUGAUAAACGGGGAAACUUAAAACUAAAUGGACAUGUGGCCAGAUUGGUGUUACUUUUUGCAGAAUAUUUUAAUGGCACCCUGAGAAUGUAUAGACCUCUAGAAAUAAACGGAUUUACCCAUUUCACCGUUGUCGCUGAUAUGGCCACCAAACGUUUGAUUGACAUUGCCAUGUGUCUGCACGUUAUAUCUACACCUGGACAUAGUACUUGGACCUAUGCCUCAGAUGUUUAUGAAAUAGGCAGGGGUAUGAUUAUUGUGCCAUGUUCACAGCCCCUAUCUAUUGGAGAGAUGUUUGAAAUUCUUUUGAAUGAAUAUUUCUUUGGCAUGGUCAUAAUUUGUACGCUACUAUUCUCUAUUCUUCAUUUCGUCAUCGAAUAUUAUUUUGAUGGCGAAUUUAGCUAUACGGAUCUGAUUUUUAAUAAUCGCAUAAUUGGUGGAGUUUUGGGUCUAUCAUUCUCUGGUCGCAACUCACCAUGGCGUGGCUUGAAACUCAUUUACAUUCUUCUAUUCUUUGCUGGUCUGAACAUCAACGCCCAAUUUUCGGCCCGUAUGAAUACCCUCUUUACAAGUCCCCCAAUGCACAAACAGAUCGAAACUUUGUGGGAUAUACGAAACUCGAAUUUGAAAAUAAAUGUCCUGAGAGGUGAUCUCGCCAUUAUGGGCGGCAUAAUGUUGGAUAUUUUUCGUUCGUUGAUUAUCACCGAAGAUGUUGCUGAAUAUUCCAGAAUGCGUUUUAAUUUCAAUACCACAACCGGUUAUUAUGCGACAUUGGCGCAAUGGAAACUUUUCAGUUUGAAACAAAAAUAUCACAGUCACAAAACCUAUUGUACCUAUGAAAAUUUGACCUUACAUAAGUUUAUACCCUGGAAUAUAUUGCUGCAGCCCAACUCUCAGUAUAAGGAUGCUUUUAACUACCUUCUGCAUCGAGUCCAUGAGGCGGGAUUAUCAGAUGCCUGGUAUGCCAGUGCAUUUAAUGAUUUAUUGAAAUUGAAACGUUUAUCACUGGCGGAUCCCAAUCCAGAAGGUGGACCAAGUACAAUGACCGUCGACGACUUGCGCUGGGCAUGGUUGGUAAUUAUGAUUGGGUUAGCUGUUGGCGGAGGAAUAUUUUUAUUGGAAUGGUGGUAUCAUCAUCAUCAUAACCGAUAUUCGGAUUAA